CAUGCAUAUUUUUGUUUUAAAUAAAUAAUCUCAAAGGAAAGUCACCACGCUUUCUCAUCCCUUGGUUUUUGACAUUUGCCUGACAAUUGUCAUUUCAUUGCGCGUUUCCUUAUGUAAAUACUUGUAAAUACCGCUUGAUCUUAACAUAUUUCACAUUUAUCCUGAAUUAAACAGCAAUUGCAAGACAAAAUGCUGCUCACGGCCCCACUACUCUCGAAGUCUUCCUUCUUUGGGUCUUUGGUCAAUAAAUGCAGGCAAGUGAUAAAAAAUCAACCGUCCAAGUCUUCCAACAUUAAUGACAGACAGACGAACAACAUUAACGAUUUACAAUCAUCAAAUUCUUUCACUGCCACACACUCCGUAACUGCUCCUAUCUCCAUCUCCUCUACCGACAGGCCAGCGGCCAUAGCCAACUUUAGUGUUUCCUCAAAUGUCGCAACAACUGCACGCUCACUUGAAGAGAAACUUGGUCUGCCGCCGCGCCCAAAGAAACCGCUCACACCUUAUUUCCGCUACAUGCAGGAGCAGCGUCCCAAAAUACUUGCUGAAAAUCCAAAAUUCAGUACAACCGAUGUAGUGCGCGUCAUAUCGAAACGUUGGAAUGACGCUGAUGCAGCGCUAAAAAAACGCCUGCAAGACGAGUACAAACGCGAACAACAACAGUUUGUGGAAAUUCGUGCCAAAUAUGAGGCGAAAAUGACUGAUGAGCAACGUGCCGACUUGAAACAGCUUAAACAAGAUGUACAAGACGCAAAAGACCGCAGAAUGAUGCGAAAGCGUAUUAAAGAACUUGGACGUCCCAAAAAGCCUGCCUCUGCCUUCUUACGUUUCCUCGUACAGGAACGUACAAAUUCGCCACAAACACCUAAACAAACAUAUCGCGAAUGGCAUCAGAAGUGCACAGAAAAAUGGUCGCGUCUCUCUGACAAGGAGAAAGAAGUAUUCUUAAUAGAAUCGCGCAAAGACAUGGAAGUGUACAAAAAAGAUAUUGCGCUGUGGGAAGAGAAAAUGGUGCGCCUGGGAAAUAUUGAUGUCGUGCGUCAGGGUAAUUUGAUUGAUCCACCAGAACCAAAACCGAAGGGAAUCAAACCGAUCGCCUAGUCGUGCAUACAAACUAAAUAUUUUUACUUAUCUCUAUUCAUUUGUUGUAUUAGGUGCAUUUUAUUUACAUUUUUGCGUAUAAUAUACAAAAAGCCAGGAGUACGUAUUUCGUUAAAAGUGCACGCUUAUUUAAUAUAAAUAUUUGGUGCGGCAACGUAUAGCUCGUUUUGAGCCAUAUACGCACCUAAUAUGUAAACAUAUGUGCAUACAUAUGUAUACUUGUGUAUACAGAGUAUGUAUAUAUUCCCAGUUAUGUUUUUGAACUUAACUUUUUCGUUAAAUAAAAUGUAAGUGAGAAAAAUUUGUAAAUUUAA